AUGCAGCGUGGAGGGAUGAGAAGAGGCUUUGUUGCUCAUGCUGCUGCUGGUCUUGGCGUUCGCAUCGGGAGAGGCAGCAUUUAUAACUACGUCGUUAACUACGUAGUUGACUAUUUUGCCGCAUGGCUCAGCGCACGUUGCUGGCCGACCUUCGUCAUGGGUGCCACCCGCUGA